GCGCGCGGUGCUGGGACGGUGGGGCUGGGCCCGGGAGCCCGGGGCCUGACGGCGGCCUGUGCAGGGGUGGGAACCUCCCGGCUGUGAGCGACAAGGGUCAGCUGAGCGGGAGGCGGGGUGUGCUCGCUCUGGACUGGACUCUUGAAGCUGGGGCCCUGGGUCCCGGAUCCCGACUCGGCCGCCCAACCUCAAGUCCUUGCCCGUGUAAUGGGGACACCGGCGCGUGAAGGGGACACCAGGGCCCUGCAAGGCUCCGACACAACUAGCUGUGAUACGCCUGGGGCGGCGAAUCGCCCCUCCGCCUGCGCGCCCGCCGGGCCCGCACGCGGGGUCCCGGGACGGCGGGGAGCCGGAAAGGGAGAAGGGGGCUGUGGGGCGCCCCUCGGGGACGCGCACCUGCCUGCGCGCUGCCGGGCCGCGGAGGGGUGCGGAUCGGGGCAGGUUCCUGGACGGGCGCACACAGGCCAUCGGUGGCAGGGAGGGCGUCGGCGCGGGGCCUCGACAAGGGAGGCCUCGGGAAGGACUGGGCGAGCCGGCCCAAGUGGGAGGGCGCUGGGCCGCGGGGGACGAGUGGGACGAGGAGGAGCCAGGUCCUGCGCCUGGAGAGUCCCUGAGAUUGGCAAGUGACAAGGACCCCUCCCUGGUCUUUGGGGAGUGUCCUGUUCAGCGACGUGUCCUGCCCUCCUUCCCCAGCGCCUUGUGAAGUCUGGACUGUCCGGCUGGACUCGACUUGGCUGGGCGCUUUCUCCUGCACAACGAGAGUCAGAUAACAGCGUCAGGCCUGCGGCUCAACUUCCUUCUUCAAGAUUCUGUGGUCAGGACCUGCGUGUUUCCGGAUGCAGACCACGUUUUUAUUCUCAUGUUACCAUUUCUGGAAGAAGGAUGGGGUACAAUAGAUAUGUACCCAGGGUUUUAUUCUUUUAUUAUUUUCAGGUUUAUUAUUUUUUUGAGGGAAAGAACACUUCCAUAGGGGAGGGGAAGAGAGAGAGGUAGGUAGAGAGAGAGAGGACAGAGAAAGAGGAAAGCAGGCCCCAGUGCUGUUAGCCAGAGCCCCAAGCGGGGCUCUGACUCACAAACUGUGAGAUCACGACCUCAGCCAAAAUCCAAGAGUUGAAAGCUUAACCAGCUGAGCCACCCAGGUGCCCCAUAUACCCAAGGUUUUUAAAGAUUCUAUAUUUCUGCUAGGAGGGGGUUUCUCAGGGGUAGGUAAGUAGUGACUAUGGUGCAUACAAGGCCACCGGGGAUCCAACGAUCAUUAGGGUUUCAUUUGAUUCUUCUUAGAAUCUAAAUAGAACAUUCAUAAGCAGAGACCCAAAGCCAGGUCUGCUGACUCCUAGUCCAGUGCUCGUGAUGGCUGGUGGGCCCUGAACUAGGGUCUGGAGGCCUGGGUUUGAAUAUCGCCAGCCUCUGACCUCGAGGAGCCAGGAAAACAAUAGCAUGUGGGCCCAGGAGAAGCCCAGACCCCAAAACAGGGGCAGGCGUUGACUGUGGCUGGAGGCCUCCAAGGCCAUGAUGAUUAAAUACUCAUCCAGGAGACCCACCCUUACAAACACAUUGUCCCUUGGUUGCCAAGGCCUCCAGAGCUUUUAUCAUUUCCUACACAAGACGGAUCCAGUGUGGAAGAAUCAGAAACACCAGCAGGAAAAGAGGAAAGGAAAAUCACCUCUGUUCUCCCCACCCCUGAAUCUGCUGGAUUCAGUGACAGGGGCUGUUUCAGUGACAGGCUGGCCACACCUACCCGUUUCCAUCCCUGGCUGUCUGUGGCGGCUUGAAAACACGUCCAAACUGAUUCUUCUAGACUCCCCACUUCCUAAUGUACCUGUCACCGAGUGUGGGGCUACGCUCCAGGGGAAGCUGGGAGCCAUGUGGGGACCAGUCCUGUAGAGAGGUCCCCGCGUGAGGAACCGAAGCCUCCAGCCGACAGCCACACGAGAGAGUCACCUUGGAAGGGGGUCCCCCUAGCCCCGCGUCAGGCCUUCAGAUGGUGCAGCCCGUGCCCACGGCUUGACCACAGCCUCGUGAGAGACCCUGAGCCACAGCCAGCCAGCCAAGCUCUUCCCCGAUUCCUGACCCUCAGAAGCUGUGAGGUAUUUAAGGUCCGCGAGGAGCCGGCCCAGUUGCUCUUGGGGCCACCCCAGUGGUGGUGCGGACCGCUGGCAGGCAGGCAGACCCCAGGACCUCCCCGCCACACCACCACACUGUCCAUGGAUUUUGUCGCUGGAGCCAUCGGAGGAGUCUGCGGUGUUGCUGUGGGCUACCCCCUGGACACGGUGAAGGUCAAGAUCCAGACAGAGCCCAAGUACAGGGGCAUCUGGCACUGCGUCUGGGACACGUAUCGCCGAGAGCGGGUGUGGGGCUUCUACAGAGGCCUCUCGCUGCCCGUGUGCACCGUGUCCCUGGUCUCGUCCGUGUCUUUCGGCACCUACCGCCAUUGCCUGGCACACAUCUGCCGAUUUCGGUAUGGCAGCACGGACAUCAAGCCCGCCAAGACUGACAUCACGCUCUCGGGAUUUGCCUCCGGCUUGGUCCGCGUGUUCCUGACCUCGCCCACCGAGGUGGCCAAGGUCCGCCUGCAGACGCAGACGCAGCAGCGGCGCCCCUCGGCCUCAUGGCCCUCGGCCGUGCCCCCCGCGUGUCCCGCGCCCCCCGCGAGUUCGGGGCCUGGGCCCAAGUACCGAGGACCUCUGCACUGCUUGGCCACGGUGGCCCGUGAGGAGGGGCUGCGGGGCCUCUACAAGGGCAGCUCGGCCCUGCUCUUCCGGGACGGCCACUCCUUCGCCACCUACUUCCUGUCCUACACCAUCCUCUGCGAGCAGCUCACCCCCACGGGCCGCAGCCAGCCAGAUGUGCUGGGCGUGCUGGUGGCCGGGGGCUGUGCCGGGGUCCUGGCCUGGGCCGUGGCCACACCCAUGGACGUGAUCAAGUCGCGCCUGCAGGCGGACGGCCAGGGCCGGCGGCGCUACCGGGGCCUCCUGCACUGCGUGGUGAGCAGCGUUCGGGAGGAGGGGCCGCGGGUCCUCUUCAAGGGGCUGACGCUCAACUGCUGUCGUGCCUUCCCCGUCAACAUGGUGGUCUUUGUCACCUACGAAGCCGUGCUGGGGCUCACCCGCGGCCUGUCCACCUAGCUAGUCCCCGCGCCCCAGGGCCGGCCCGCCGGCGGCUUGCAGACGUCUCGUGGCUGGAGGUGGCGGAGGAGAGUGUGGGGGUCUGGGCCCCAUUGAGCCACCACCCGGUGGCCGGAGUCAGCCGUGCCUGGGGCUUUGCUCACCCGGCUACGGACCACGAGGAGGUUCAGGGGCCCCUCUGCCAUCAGCCUGGGGCUGGCUUGAGGGUCUCGUGAGCCAGGGAGGAGUGAGCCUCUUGGAGGAGGACAUCUGUCACGCGCGGUCGUUUGAACGUUUGGUCAGUUGGUCGUUCCAGCUUCCCCGGGGCCUCUCCCUGCCGCCCGUGUCUUCGGAGCACCCCUGCACCUCCGUCCACUCACCCAGUGUCCGCUGGCCACCGUCCCCGCCAGGCCCCCGCUCAGCUCUCCUCUGGUGAGCGCCUAUGCACCCGCCCGCUUGCUCCCCUGCGCCGGGCUGCGCAGAGAGGGCACUGCCCGGACGGCCAUGACCAGCUUGGUGCCAGACCCGCUCACACACCCUUGCUCUGCUGGGAGAUCCCCGAGACUCCGCGGGGAGCCGUUGACAAUAAAAUGUUUUUGUGUGAAUGUG